UUCCUUGUUUAGCGGCGGUCCUCACGUCGGGGUUCUUUCUCACCGUCUCUGGCGGCAGCAGACUGUAGAAAUGCGAUUUACACGUUUAAUCGACAUCUUGAUUGUGUAACGUGGAUUUAAAGAGAUACGGUCAUGUUUUUUUAACAUGCAAUUAACCUUUCGUAUCCACUGUCAGAGCAGCUUUGAUCAUGGAAACUAACGUAUGGCUGCUGCCAGAGGAAGGCUUCUUUAAAACGAUGCUAACGAGUUUAUUGAACAUAACCGUAACGUUAACGCUUUUGGGUUUCCACAAUUAGUCACCUUAACGUUACUUUCCUUUUACUAAACAGCCGUUACCUUUAUCGUGUAUUUACCACAGCCUGUGAUCUAACACAACAUACAAGAUGCCUAAUGCCAGUGCAAGGCCGAAGCACGGCAGGAGGACCCGAAGGCGACGUAGAGAGGACCCUGCCAGGAAUGAGCUGGUCUCUAGUUCCCUUGAAAGUGCCCAGCAGUGCUUGUUCAACCAAGAUUAUGGAACUGCCUUUGUGCACUACCUUCUUGUCCUCAACCUUGCACCUAUGUUUAAGGACUUUGCAAAGGAGUCCUUCAGGUUCACACUCUUCAAAUGGACAGAAGAGCUGGACUCUGUGGGCCGCAUUCAAGACCUCUUUGACUGUUAUGAACAAGCGCUGGAACUGUUUCCUGCUGAUGAGGUUAUCCUGAACAGCAUGGGUGAACACCUGUUCAGAAUGGGCUUCAGAGACGAAGCCGCCGGGCAUUUCCAUAAAGCCUUGAAGCUGAGACCAGACUAUCCAGAAGCCAGGGAGAACUUUUACCGAGUUGCCAACUGGCUGGUGGAGCGCUGGCAUUUCUUAAUGCUCAAUGAUCACGGAAGGAACCGCAAGUACCAGCAAGCCAUUCAGAAGGCUGUUCAGAGCGGCUGCAACACUGUACUGGACAUAGGCACUGGCACUGGGAUCCUUGGUAUGUGUGCGAAGAAGGCAGGGGCCGCUGAGGUGUAUGCCUGUGAACUGUCAAAGACCAUGUAUGAAUUGGCCUGUGAGGUGGUGGCCGCUAAUGGAAUGGAUGGCACCAUCAAGAUCCUCCAUAUGAAGUCUCUGGAGAUGGAAGUGCCGAAGGACAUUCCACAAAGGGUAUCCUUGGUGGUGACAGAGACUGUAGAUGCAGGAUUGUUUGGGGAGGGCAUCAUAGAGAGUCUUAUUCAUGCCUGGCACCACCUCCUGCUACCUCCACAGAGAGGUGAGAAUGAAUUCCAGGAGCCGUCUGCGACAGGCCGGGUCAUCCCCGCUGGAGCCACUGUGUUUGGUAUGGCUCUUGAAAGCCUGGAGAUCCGCAGGCAUCACAGGCUGUGUGUGUCGGAGGUGGGCAGUCUGUCCAUAGCUGCAGCCGGGGAGCUUCGUAGCCCAGUGAGCUGCAGCCCUGAGCCAGAUGACUCCAUGGAGCCUUACACUACAGAGAGACUAAGCAGACUGCCUGGGGGCUAUAAACCUCUUACGGAGCCAUUCACAGCCCUCAACAUAGAUUUCAACAACGUGCAGGAACUGGAGGGGCUGAGCUCCAGGGAGGUGCAGCAGAUCCGCCUUCCUGUCACUCAGGAGGGGGCGCUGGACGCUCUGGCUGUGUGGUUCCAGCUCCACCUGGACGAGGAGAGCAGUCUGUCUACUGGACCCCAGGAGGACACUUGCUGGGAGCAAGCCAUCUACCCUGUCCACAGCACCAACGGUUUUGUCCUGAAACCCCAAGACGAGCUGCUCGUUGAAGUCUCCUGCAAAGAUGCCUUCCUGAGGCUAUGCAGUGUUGCUGUGCUGAGAGAUGGGCAUGAAAUCCGUCUGGACAAGCAUCUGGAUCUUAAGGAGUCUGGAAACCCCGUUCCAAAUCCAGACCCAAACCCAGAGGCUGAACUGUGCAGUGCGCUGGCAUGCCUUCAGACUGACCAGAAUCCAACUAAAGACUUCUGCAUGCUGGAAUGUUCAGAAAUGGCGCUUUUGAACAACAGUGAUUACCAUCAGAGUUUUUGCAGUGCGCUGGCCAAACUCUUCUCCCAGCUGAAGGUUAAAUGCCAAAACAGAGAGCGCAGAUCUGGCUCUACGGACUCCGCAGACUGUAGUGACCUGCUCUAUGUCCUCGAUGUGUCAGAGGGUUUCUCUCUGCUCUCCCUCAUCGCUGCCAGCAAUGGUCACGUAAAAGCGUACAGCUCUGUGGAAAAGACCAAGCAACAGGAAGUCCUGAAGAGACUGGCUCGCUCCAAUAAUGUCCCAGAACAGCAUCUCGAGUUCUGGCUCAACCACAUGGAGGAUGAGCAGGGGAUGCUGAAAAGGCCGUCCAGAGAGAAGCUGUGGAGCGCCAUCAUGCUGGACUGUGUAGAGACUUGUGGUCUAAUUAGACAGAAGUUGAUGGAAAAAGCAUCACUGGCCAGGUGUUUGCUGGAGGAUGGAGGAUGUAUUUUCCCAGCAAAGAUUGUGGUGCACGGGAUGCUGGUGGAGUCGGACACGUUGCUGUUGGAGAGUGCUGUCCAGGGCCAGGAGCCGACAUUGGGGUUCAAUAUUGCUCCAUUCAUCAACCAGUUCACUGUACCUGUCCAUGUGUUUUUGGACUUGUCCACACUGGAGUGUAGGCAUCUCAGUGACUCUGUGGAGCUCUUUGUUCUUGACCUAAUGGAUUCCACCGCAAACUACACUAACAGAGAAGUCACGGUCCAGGCCACGUCUGCAGGCAGAUUAACUGCAAUCCCCUUCUGGUACCACAUCUACCUGGAUGAGGAGAUCAGUGUCAGCACCCUGAGCCAGAACUCUCACUGGAAGCAGGCCGCUGUUGUGUUGCAGCAGCCGCUGGAGGUUAGAGCCGGCGACAGGGUCCACCUCGCUGUGAAGCUUCACAAGAGCGCCAUCUCUAUAUCCGCCCAUAUAGAGAAUACCCCCAGGCAAAUGGAACAAUAAUGUCUUGUACUAUACUUUUGAAAUGAGUGUCAUUUCUAUGUAUUUCAUGCCCCAGUCAAAUAGAGGCAAUUGACACAUAAGGAAAUGCAUAAAAUGCUAUGCAUUUCCUUUCUGGUAUCAUUUAAAGAUUUACUUUCUCCAGUGUCAUUUUUAUCCUAAAUGUUAUUCCAUUCAACGGUUUUCCCAGACAGAUGGGAUGUCAUUUUGAGAUUCAAAGGCCUGCAUGAGCCACAUCUUUGUAACUGUUAGUAUAUAAUAUAAAUAUUAUAGUUGUCCCUUGAUUAUGGGCGCAGUUGUUUUUCUAAAGAUGUUUUUUGUUAUCAAUUUAAAAAACAUAAAUGUGAUUUUAUUAAUAAAUGCAAGAAAGAAAAAACAGAAAAUGCUGUUAAUCUGAUUUAUUUAAGAGACUGUCAGAGAUAGCAUUAAACUAAAAUGUGAAACAAAACAUCUGAUGUAAUCCUGUCAGUUUUAUUUGAAUAAAAAAAUAAAACCAUGUAAGGCAAUGUAACAUUCUCUAGCUGGACAAGAUGCAAAUUAGGCUUUAGAUUUAAUAUGUUUUAUCUGACAAAUGAACAUCCUACAUUAAACGAGUCAAUAUCCCUGCUCAAAUCCAUAUAAAUACCAAUGACAAAAGCUCGGAAAACCAAUGGGG